GGACGGCACUUGGAGAUGAGGAUGAAGAGGAAGAAGGAGAAGGCGAUGGUGGCGGUGGUGGUGAUGGUGGUCGUAGAAAGCCCCUUUCUCCUCUCCUGGAGAAUGGAAUGGUGGGUGCCCUCGACCUAGCCACCAAUUCCGCGUUGGAUGGAUCAGGCUGACGGGAAGCCUCUGUCUAGGUGGUGGGGGAUAGGGGGAAAUGGCUGGGAAUUGGUGAUGCAUAGUUGGCUUGCGGCGGCAGGGGGAACUUGGCUGGUCUUACUGGGAACCUCUUGGAAGGAAGGGGAAAUGGUUGCUUGGUCAUUCUUCUAAAGACACCAAUGUGAGAUCAUGGCAGAAACGAAAGUGAACAAAGCUAGUCCCAAGGUGGAUUUCCCUUGUUCCAUUUGUGAAAGCCGGUUUUCCAACCCAAGGGACCUGGGGACGCAUAUUCUAUCGGAUCAUUGCGAUGACAAACCGACGUCCAAGAGCCCACAACCGCCGGAAGUGGCUCCCCUGACGAAGAAAUCCGCAUCGUUAGGGGGACAUUUCAUGAAUUGGUCCACUGCCAGCCAUGAAGCGACACCUAUACCAGCAGCGGUAAAAGCCAUUCAAAUGCCUUUGGGAGAACCCAAGAAUAUUGUGGUAAGUGGACCGAUCAUGACCACAUUUGCGGCCCCAUCGCCACCCAUUGGCAAUGUCAUCGCACUGCCACGCCCCCCCACAGCAGAGGAACAGAAACAAAAGUUCAUUAUCUUGAAGGUGGAUGAACAUUUAACUCGAUAUGUUUGCCUUCUUUGUCAGAAGGAGUACACAUCCCGUUAUAACAUUCGGAUGCAUAUGAACAUGCAUAGCGGCAAAAAUGUGCACACUUGCGACUUCUGCGGCCGUUUUUUCGCCCACAAACAUGUGUUUGAGUCCCAUGUACGAACUCAUACGGGGGAAAGGCCGUUCUCUUGUAACAAAUGCGGACGAAGUUUUGGCGAUCGAAGCAACCGUCUCUCCCACCAGAAAAAGUGCAAAGGCGAACCCGACCCGUCUGUGGUCAAAGUCAGGAACAAAAAUAUCGUCGUCAGUAAUGGCGGCAAUAACAACAAUAACGGCAACAAUGAUACUCGGAAUAGCUGUUCUCGAAAUAUGAACAACAACAACAACAAUGGUCAGGUUGAGGUCUAUGAAUACUUGGAAGUUGGCCGCAUCAAGAGCGAAGACGAAGAUGAGGAUGAGGAAGAGGAUCUUGAAGAAAUUGAAGAGGAGUACGAUGACGAGGAAGAAGAAGUUGAAGAAGAAGAAGAAGAAGAAGAAGAAGAGGAAGAGGAUAAUAUGGGGAAUGAUGACGACGUUGGUGAGCGAUUUGAACCUCAGAUCGUUUCGGUGGAAAGCAUCGGGCAAAAAGGUAUCACCGAUGAGGAUGAUAUUGUCGUUCCCAAUGAGAAAGUACUCAAUGAACUGGACUACGACGACAUCAUUGACGAUAGCUUAUACGACGAGGACUUGGAAGAGAUUCAAAUCGAACCCGACAUCAUUGACUACGACGAUGACAUGGACAUGGAGCAAGAUAUGAACCAAGACAAAUCAGGAGUGACCGUACAAAUGUAUGAAGAACCUCAAUCGGGAUUCAAAGUGGGAAACCCGAUUUUUUCCUGCAGUUUUUGUAACGAGAAGUUCAAGGACCAAAAGGUUUUACUAAAGCAUCUGAAAACGCAUCUAAAAUUCUCACGUACUCCCUCUCAAAGAGACUUGGACAUUGGAUAUACCAAACAAGGCAUUCCCAAGGGACAGUUCAUGUGCUUAUUCUGCGGCAAAUUGUUUGUCAAAGAGGAGCAAGUCAAAAUUCAUAAGAACGUUCAUCUCGACGAGAACUCGUACAAUUGUCGCUUUUGCAACCAAAUGUUUUCCAACUUCAAUGUUUUUGAAGAUCACAUGAAAACCCACGGGGAUACCAACAAGAUGAACUGCGUCCACUGUAACGCCCCCUAUUCUAGUCGACACGCUCUGGUGCAACACCAAUUGACAUGCUCUAUGAACUUGGAGGUGAGGACCACCCGGAAACGCCCACCUAGCCAACAACAAAGCGUGACGGUGUCUCUCCAAUACACAAGUAGCGUGGAAUCCAAGCCUAUUCCCGCUUUGACACCCAUCACACCCAAAAUGCCCUCGGUUUCCAUCACUCCCCUAAAAGCCACGCCCAUCACCGUACAUCUCCCCACUGAACCGGUUCCUAUGGCCUCAGUCACGCCCAAGGAGCUUCGCAAGUCCCCUCGGACUCCCAAUUUUGCUAAGAUCAAAUCGAACCCGAUUGAGGUGCCGAGUUCCGACGGUUAUAAACCGGAUAACAAUUCAAACAAUGUUAUUAACCGCAACGAAAUUCACCCUCCUCCCAAUGACCAUGAGGUGGUGCAGGGCUUCUGCCAAAGGCGCUUGGCCAAUGGUCAAACCAGACUGAUUUGUGUGACCUGUGGUAAACAUUAUACUACCAUGUAUAAUAUGCGCCAACAUCGGAACAUUCAUACCGGCAAAGGUCUUCAUAGCUGCCGGUUCUGCGGUAAAUGCUUCACCCACAAACACAUCUGGGAGACUCACGAGCGGAUUCAUACCGGAGAAAAGCCUUUCAAAUGUACUCAUUGUUCCAAAGGAUUUGCCGAUAGGAGCAACUACAACAGCCAUAGAAAACUGUGUUCUGGAGUUCAGUCUUAAUUGAUACUCAGAUAUUCGUCAAUCACUCAAUGAUAAUACUCCAAUCUAGUCUUAUACGUGUCCCGCUUUAACGCAUCUAGUCAUCCCUUUUUUCAUUUUUUACCGUAUUUUCUUGAAGAUUUCAAUCGACUAUUUUAGCUACAAAUAAUAAAAGUCAAGAUGUUUCGAA